CUUUUUCAAGAUGGACUUCUACCUGCGAUGUAACUCUCUCAAGUGCCGAGCGCAGCUGAAAGAGAGAGCGGUCGUUACUACAUGCUCACAUAUCUUUUGUCUCCACUGUGCAGGAUGCCUCGGACUUUCCCAUCCUACCGCCGAUGAACGUCGCUGUCCAGCAUGUCAGACCGUCCUCAUCAACCCCGACGACGCCGUAGCGACUGUCCUGAACCCAACCGAAGACUACAAGACCAGCGUGCUGAGUGGGCUGGACCCGAACACCAUUAUGGAGUGCGCUGGACGGGCCCUACUCUUUUGGACGUAUCAGACAACACAAGAGAUCUUCUACCAGGAGUUCCUCGCAAAGACACUGACAGAGAAGUACGCUACCCUCAAUGCCCAAAUGGACAAGGUCAUCCACAACGCCAACUCGGAAAUCUCGACGCUACAAGCCCGGAUCUCAGAUAUGCAGGCGACACAGGAUCAGCUUCACAAGAAGAACCAAGAGCUGGUCGACAUGUAUCGCGAGAAGUGCAAGAAGUUUGCUCAGAUGACAAACCUAUAUAACCUACUCAAGUCCCGGGCCAUGCGAUCGCAAAUGCAGACCGCGGCAUCGGAUACCGUAUCCCAAGCGUUGAAUUCUCUUGCUGUUUCGCGUGGUGACCAGCCAGUACUUGUACCUAAACUACCGGGAGCUUCAGCACUGCCUCAGACUCCGUCGACUCGACAGUCUAACACAUAUCCCGUCAGCCAGGAGGGCGUGGAGCAAUUGGAUCGUCACCAGCGAAGCGGCACUGGGAGCUCCAAGGGCGCGAAGCAAAAGGCUGAUAUGGCCGCGAUGCCGCCACCUCCAAUCCGCCAGAUAGGUAACCCGAGGCAAAAUGAAAUACCAGCUGCAACACCACAACACCGGACGCGUCUCGGGGGGUCUAGUCGUCCUUCGACGGGAAAGUCACAGCUACCUCACGAUAGCGUGAUGCUGGAGCGAUUUGGAACAAAAUUAAACCCGAGACAUGGGUUUAUCAACACGCACGGGUCGGUAGAUAGAGGUGCCACGGGCAUGCCACUUCCUGGUCAAACAGGAGGUGCUACGGAACAACCUGGGAUGAGAUCAAUUUUUGACAAUACGAUUCUAUGAGUAAUUGCGAGAUUGUGCUAUGCUAUAUGCGCGGUGAAAAAGGUACACUGUUUUCUCAACUAUUCUUUCCUGGUGAAAGUAUGGAUGUCAUUCUAUAUAUAUGGG